AUGUCUGCUGCACAAAACAUUCCCGUUCGCAACCGCGACGACCCCUCUGCUGUCACCAACAGCUUCGACCCCUCCACCAGCCCUACUCACACUUUCACCUCGCCGUCAGCGAGCUUCAGCCACCGUUCCAACUCUCAAUCCGUCUCUGCUAAGCAGCUGAAGCCUUUCAACACCCAAGAUGUCAAGGUCUUGCUACUCGAGAACAUCAACGUCACGGGCCAGGACAUCCUGAGACAACAGGGCUACCAGGUUGAGGCACUCAAGGCUUCGCUGCCUGAGGACCAGCUCAUUGAGAAGAUCAAGUAUGUCAUAUAUCAUGCACACAUUUUUCCUCUCCCUAACAUUCUUUCUCAGNNGGACGUCCACGUCAUCGGUAUCCGCUCAAAGACAAAGUUGACUGCCAAGGUCCUCGAGCACGCAAAGAACCUCAUUGUCAUUGGAUGCUUCUGUAUCGGUACCAACCAGGUCGACCUCAACUAUGCCGCCAACGCUGGUAUCGCCGUCUUCAACUCUCCCUUCUCAAACUCGCGCUCCGUUGCCGAGCUCGUCAUCGCUGAGAUCAUUGCCCUCGCCAGACAAUUGACUGACCGCAGCAUGGAAUUGCACAAUGGUGUCUGGAACAAGGUCUCUGCCGGCUGCUGGGAAGUGCGUGGAAAGACUCUUGGUAUCGUCGGAUAUGGUCACAUCGGAAACCAGCUCUCCGUCCUGGCUGAGGCUAUGGGUAUGACCGUCAUCUACUACGAUGUUAUCAACCUCAUGAGCAUGGGUACCGCCAAGCAGGUUCCCACUCUGAAGGCUCUUCUCGAGGGCGCUGACUUUGUCACUCUCCACGUUCCCGAGCUUCCCGAGACCAAGAACAUGAUCAGCACUGAGCAGUUCGGCUACAUGCGCAAGGGCAGCUACCUGAUCAACGCCUCAAGAGGUACUGUUGUCGACAUUCCUGCUCUCGUCGAAGCCAUGAGAAGUGGAAAGGUUGCUGGUGCUGCUAUUGACGUCUUCCCUCACGAGCCCGCCGGCAACGGCCAGUACUUCACCAACGAGCUCAACACCUGGGCCGAAGACCUCAGAUCUCUCAAGAACCUGAUUCUCUCUCCCCACAUUGGUGGUAGCACCGAGGAGGCCCAGAGCGCCAUUGGUGUCGAAGUCGCAGAGGCUCUUGCCAAGUACGUCAACGAGGGUUCCACUGUUGGUGCCGUCAACAUGCCCGAGGUCAACCUCCGCAGCUUGACUGCCGACGAGCCCAACCACGUCCGUAUCAUUUACAUCCACAAGAACGUCCCUGGUGUGUUGAGACGUGUCAACGAGGUUCUUGGCGAGCACAACGUCGACAAGCAGAUGACCGACUCAAGAGGCGAUGUUGCAUACCUCAUGGCCGAUAUUAGUGAUGUCAACCAAGGAGACAUCGCCAAGCUGUACAACAGCCUCGAGGAUCUGGGCUCUUGUGUCAGAACCAGAGUCUUGUACUAG